AUGUUGCUUUCCUUCGUUUCAAUAGCUAGGAGUACUGUGCAAACGCUUAGUUAUACUCAAAUGGUUGAUCAUUUCGCUAGAAAACCGACUUAUUUCACUCAAAGGUAUUUUGUAAAUUCAGAUUACGCAAAUAAAUCAAGAAACAUCAUUCUUUAUCUUGGAGGAGCAAAUGAAUUAGAUCCAAACGAAAUAACACCAGGCCCAAUUCUUGAAAUUGCAAGUCAAACAAAAUCAGUUAUUAUCGGUCUUGAGCAUAGAUACUUUGGAAAAUCAGUUCCGACUGUGAAUAUGUCCCAAUUUAAUAUGCAAUACUGUUCAGUACCUCAAGCAAUUCUUGACAUUAAAUCUUUUGUUUUACAAGGAAAGAUUCGCAAUGAUUACUGUACCGAGCCUGACUUUUGCAAGUUCUUCCUUAUGGGAAAAGGAUACGGUGGUGGCUUGGCUACGUGGGCUUCAACCGGAUUUAAGAGAUUUUACUUAGGAGCGUGGGCAUCAUCAGCGCCAUUAGUGUCCAUAAACACAUUUACACAAUACGAUCAAAAGGAAGCUUAUUUCCUGGGUAAUAUUACUAUUGAAGCAACAAAUUGUUAUAAAGUGAUGCAUGAUGUGUAUAAUACAAUUGAAACUGUUGUCGUUGCUAAAAACGAAUCUACUAAGUACAUGAUGCAGAAUUUCAGUAUCCCUGACGCUGAAAAUUUCAUGAAUAAUACUGUAGAUUUCUUAUACAUGUUUUCUGAGGCAAUGUCUCGAGGAAUAAGGAAUUCUUCAAACGUAGAACAUAUUAACAAUAUGUGUAAGGAACUACAUCAAUUUAAACCAUGCUUUGCUACUGAACUUAUUAAAAUACUUUCAAAUUACACAAAAAUAUUCACUAAUAACUCAUUCUACGAUCUUAGACCACAACUAGGACUUGAAUAUGGUCCAAUGCGUCCUUAUUUCCAAUUGAAAUGCCAUGAUUUGGGCGGAUUUCCUGUUUCAAAUGGAAAUUUAAGGAGUCCAUUAUUAAAUUCAUCGUAUUACAAUGAUCAAAUAUGCUUAAGAUUCCUCGAAAGAACACUUCCUGAUCCAGAUAUAUUCAACAGACUUCAUUUAGGUACUGAUCCACAAACUGAAAACAUUAUUUUCACUAUUGGCGAAUACGAUCAAAAUAUAGAUAUUUCUUGCACAACAAAUAAUACAGAUUAUAAUAGAUUUGCUUUUAUUAUCAAAAAUGCUGGAUUUGCUGAAGAUUUCGAGCCGGAUUAUGAUGCAAGACAAGAUGAUUUAAAGUUUAUUACUGGUCUAGCAAUCAACAAAGCUGUUGAAAUUAUUAAUAAUGGGCAAUACUUCAACAUGUUUUAUGUUGAAAUUAUAGUUGGAACAAUUUCUGCUGUUAUUCUGUUGUUUACUAUUUUAUUAAUUAUACUUUGUGUGAGCAAAUCUGGCGGAAAACCAGAUUUAUCAACACAGCCAUUGAUAUCUCAAAACUUGAACUAA